CGGGCACCCGCGGCGGCACGGAGGAGGGCCAAAGCCGUGCCGCGGUGCCGGCCUCUCGGCAGGGCUUGGCUCUGCGAUGCGGGCGCGUGCGCUGCCGAGAUGCCUCGCUGCGAACGCGCAACGUGCGCCCCUGCUGCAGCGCCUUGCCGUCAUCGGUGCGCGUUCCCCGCGCCCGCCGGCGCUGCUGCCGUGCGUGCCGCUUUGCUCAGCGCUGCGGCUGCUCCACCCGCCCCAGCCUCUUGCUUGCUGAUCGACGGCGCUUCAACCUUCCGCUCCUUCGCCAUCCCGACCGCACCACGCCCUCCUCCGUCUCUCGCCACCACCUCCGCCCGCGCUCUCCCUCAAGACCACCUCCAGGGCUCCUCACACUCUCUGAACCGCACCCUUCUCUUCCUUCGCAGCGCCUUCAUGAAGGCCGCUCUGCUGCUCGCCGCGGCCGCCAGCCUUGGCGGCGUCUCCGCCAUCGUCGUGCCCAGCGCCGGCGAUGCGCCGCUCGACUUCUCUGCGCCGUCCAAGUUCGCGUCGUGGGAGAAGCUGCACUCGCACGCGCAGGCGGGCCCUGUGGGCCGCCGCGAUGCUGCCGGCAGCGUCAAGCUGCCGCUGUACACACACUCGCGCCGCGACCUAAACAACCCGGACGACACGCGCCGCUUUGCGCUCGGCCAGGCAGAGCUCAUCCACUCCAAGUGGGGCAAUGCUACGCGCGAGGAGAAGCAGCGCCUGCCGGUGCGAUGCACGGUCUGUCCAAACCUGUCGCACGUUGUUCCGUGACGCCGGUGCGACAAUUGCGGCGAGGACUUGCCCUAGGUGUUGAGCACGAGCGUAGAUCACGACCUGUUGCGCGUCACACACAACCGCUCACGCAUCCGCUCGCAGCUCGUACUACGCGCAGAUCUCGAUCGGCACGCCGGCACAGAACUUCGUGACCAUCCUCGACACGGGCUCGUCGGACCUCUGGGUCGUCGACACGUCGUGCACGAGCUCG